CCCUGAGCCGCGGGCGAGAGUCAGUUGCUUUCCGAACACACCCGUCUCAACACAACAUAAACACCGGCGACAAGCGGAGUCUCGACCGGCCGACUCAGUUUCUUCGCGAUUGUUCGUUGUUGUACAUCGUCAUACUCUCGUGCACAUUUGUUUGGAGCAGAAUCGUUUCCUACAACCACCCUCUAUUUUUUUUCUGUGGGGCAACAUGAGGAUUUAAAAGUUGCGCUUUGUGAAAUUGUGCUUAGUGGUGUCGGAGACCACCUCGUUCUGGAGACAACAACACAUGUUUGCUGCUCGACAUGGUUCGAUCGGGAUUGCGUCAACUGGUUUUGCGACCUAAGUUUGGAACUCAACUACGUUGUGUCCAUUCAGAAGAGAAAAAAUGGCAGUCUGUAGCAGCUGCAACUGCCACUGCAGCAUCCUUGUCUGCUUGUGCAAAUGCUCAAGAGAACCUUCAGCCCAUGCACACAUUCAAGUAUUCGGAUACCACAGUACGUUUGGCUGAGCCUCACCAACUGCAGCCAAAACCUGAUGCUGCAGGGCUUCAAUUUGGAAAAUUAUUUACUGACCAUAUGUUAAAGAUUGAAUAUCACCAGCGCCUAGGAGGCUGGCAAAAACCAGUUAUUACACCAUUUGAGAACCUUGUCCUGCACCCAGCUGCCAAAGUUUUACACUAUGCUGUAGAGCUGUUUGAAGGGAUGAAAGCAUACCGUGGUGUUGAUGGCAGGAUACGUUUAUUUAGACCUGAAAAGAAUAUGGAACGGAUGAACCGAUCUGCAGUACGUUCAGGAUUGCCUACCUUUAGUGGCGAAGAACUAAUUAAAUGCUUAAGUCGUCUUGUUAGCAUUGAUCAAGAAUGGGUUCCACACUCAGAAUCAUCAAGUCUCUACAUCCGUCCAACUUUAAUUGGAAUUGAUCCAUCCUUGGGUGUUGCUUGCCUAGAAUCUGCUCUCCUUUACGCUAUUCUGUCGCCUGUGGGAGCUUACUUUUCCUCCGGAUUCCAACCAGUUUCAUUGAUGGCUGAUCCUCAAUACACAAGGGCAUUCCCUGGAGGAUGUGGUGACAGAAAAAUGGGUUCUAAUUAUGCCCCAACCAUUCAUGUUCAGCAUGAAGCUAAUCUUCGAGGCUAUCAACAAGUCUUGUGGCUGUAUGGACCAGAGGAGCAACUCACAGAAGUUGGCACCAUGAACAUUUUUGUACUUCUAAUAAAUGAUGAAGGAGAACUUGAACUUGUUACGCCAAACCUUGAUGGUUUAAUUCUACCAGGCGUAACUCGCAUGUCUAUCUUGGAGUUAACUCGAGGAUGGAAUGAGUUUAAAGUGUCAGAACGUAAGAUAACCAUGGGUGAAAUGAUUCAUUCAAUGAACGAAAAUAGACUUGUGGAGAUGUUUGGUGCUGGCACCGCAUGCAUUGUUAGCCCUGUGGCUUCAAUUCACUACAAGGAUAUGACUAUUAAAAUUCCAACGGGAAGUCAAGAAAAUCCACUUUACCGAAGGUUGGAGAGGGCUUUGACCUCUAUUCAGUAUGGACGAGUUGAGCACCCAUGGGCUGUACCAAUUGAUUAAUCAUCCUGGACUAAUGCAGCCAGCAAGCUUUAGUCUCCUCACUGCCUUCAAAUAUUUGAGUUAAAUAUUUGCUUCAUAUCAACAUGAUGGACUGUCAUACAUGUCCGCACUGUAGGAGCGAAAUUUGUGAACUGCUCAUUAUUUCCCCUCAGUUUAGGUAUCUUUUUAUCUUCUUGUUUGAAAUCAGCCAACUAUCAUGGGCAAUACUUAAAACUUGACUGCCUAGGUAUUAUGAUAUUUUUUUUUCGUUUAAGUUGUAAUUGGUUGUGACUUUAGAAAAUAUUCUAUAUCUAGGGCAUGAUAAAGGAAAUAUUUCUUAUUUUUCAGUAGGAUGAUUAUUUCUGUUAGCAACACCUGCUAGUACAAAAAACAUGGGCAAUAUGUGACUUGGCCAUAUUGAAUAGCAGUCAAGGCCCAUAGGCAAUAUUUUCAGCUUUUAUGUGCCACUCUACCAUUUUUUACUUGGUCAAAUUUUAUAAUGGUAGAGAUCUGCUAUUUAAGUGAAGUGAUAGUCAUUGUAGGUGCCUUUGCCACAAUUGGCAGUGUUUUGGCUGUGAUUGUUUUACCCCCAGUUCUGAAUAAUAGUAAAAGCAAAACAUUUUAAAAAUUGUUUAAAAAACUAUGUUUUUAACAUUUGAUUCGGUUAUAUCAUAAAUUGAAUGCACAUUGCUACUGUAUUAAGUAUAUUGUGGGUGCACCCUUAAAUUUUAUAUUGGACCAAAUGUUAUAUGAUGCAAAUAUUACCAUUUAUAGUAUAAGUUAAUGUCAUUAUAGGUCAUUCCUCAUCUAAUUUCAUAACAUCUAAUUUAUAAGUAUAAUUUAUGAUGCUGUAAAGAACUUUUUUUUGCUCUGAUGUGAACAGUGGCUUAGUAAUUUAUGUAUUUACGAUUAUAUUUCAAACUUGCUUUUUGAUUUUACUCGUUAUUUGAGUAUAUUGAAGUUAUUGUAGCCCUGUGACUUUCACUUUUCUAAAUAAUCUUUUUCUGACUCUGAACCUCAUGUAAAAUUAAUUUUUGUUUGUGUUGGUAAGUUCUUACAGUGAGUUUCUACAAAUUGAGCUUAGUCUUUACCUACUUUUAAGUUUAAUUUUUCUGUCCAAACAUAGUUUUUACUAUGCAUAUCAUCUUUCAAAGUUCCUCAAAGGGGUUCUAGAUCUUAAAUAAUACUCGAUGUUUCUAACUAAUUUUAACUUAUCUUUUGUUAUGUUUUAAUUCUGUGUGCUAUACCACAAAUGCAGUAAUUUUUUGUUAAGCACCAGUUAUUUAUUGAAAUCGCACUAGCUGCUUGUGAGUAGAAGUUACUGAAUGAAUAAUCUGUGAUUUUUAAUGAAAGCUCUAUGUAGUUUUGGGGGUUUUGCCAUGAAACUUGGAUGUUUGGGCAUUUUAGGAAGAUUUUAUUGAUGACCAUGUUCACAAUUGGAUGUUGAUGAAACAUGCUGUUUUGUUAUUGUUGUAGGGAAUUGCUUCAUAUCCCAACAGGACCAGAGUAAUGAAAAUUGAAUCAGAGCAAUGAGCGUAUAAUUAUUACUGAGCUUUUGCUGUUAAAAAUAUUUGUUCAAUUUUGUUGGUAGAGAAUUUUGUUGUGCAAAUGAAAUUAGUUACUAAUGAUGAAUGAAAACAAUUGUUUACGUGGGUAUGAAUCUCUUGGAUUAGGUAAUUGUUUACCCAGUGUUUUGCGAUACUGUGCUGAUUUUGUGCCGCUUAUGUAAAACGUCUGAAAAGCAUAGCAUAAGUGUUUCUUCUUUUAUGUCAGAUUUGGCAAGAUAAAAAGUGUUACAGAUGACUUUGCUCAAAGAGAUAUAACAGUCCUGAUUUUUUGUACAGUUAAGUACCUUUUUAUCAAUUUUGAACAUACCUUGCUGGCGCAGUAACACUAUUAUAGAAUUUUAUUUUUUAUCAUUUAAUUUCAGUAUUUGUCAUAUGAUACUUUGAGACUAUAAACCAGCAUACCUGAAGUGUGUAAGUUGCAUGGGCUUUUAUAAAUUCAAUGAUUUUUAAUAUGAAAUAAAUUUCAUAUAUUACUCCUGUUAUCAAAAGACAA